GAAGGUGAGUUUGCCGUCUCCAUGGUUACACGGUUAAAAAUACCGCUGUUUGACAUCGCGGUCCGGUUGGCAAAUUGCUCGGAAAAGCGGCCUUUAAUUACAAUAACACAAUGAACACGUCUGUCACUCGCACAGUCACCAGGCCAAAUGAUGCUAGAACAGUGUUCAGACGGGAACGAGUUUAUGACCACUUGUACGAUCCAGAGUACAAAGUGUCAUCGGAGGCAGACCAUGCCAGGGCCAAUCUCAAAGCCUACGCGUCUAAGAAUCGAGUUAGGAGAGUGCCUGAGUUUUCAUCUAUGUUUAGUGAUUACCCGUGCUAUACUCUCAAACUGGACCCCGUGCAGCCUGUCCCGGCUGUAACUGAUCAUCAGUGGCGAGGGCACACAGAGCAGCGCAAAGAGGCUCUACAGCAGCUGGCUGGGUUUAUUCCAGACACUCAUCUGGGGCUGAAGAAAGAGUGCCAUGUCACCGGAGCUGAUUACUGCAAAUACUUUAAGCGUCCUCUGAUUCCCUUUGCACAGCAGCUUCCCCCAGAUGUGAUUUUUGCAUUGUCAAAGGAGGACUUCUUAACUGCUGGUGGAAAGGAUGAUGAGGAACAGCCCACUCACUUCACUGUGGCAGUCCAGACCGAUUACAGAGAAAGUGAAGCUCAGACAGAUCCUUACAGCCCUGAGUACGUGGUACAACCUGGGUCGACUCCUUCAGAGCUCCUGCAACUGGCAGCUUUGACUUGGGGUCGCGGCCUGCCUGCGGGCUUAGCCGAAGUGGAAAUGAUAGAAAGGGCACGUGCCAAACGUGUUUGGGAGGCAAGCCUCCCUCCACUGGAAGACCUGAGCCAGCUUGACAAGAGGAGGCGGAUGAUGGAGGAGAUGGAGGCCAAAGACUGGGCUUUCAGAGAGAGAGAAAUCGAGAAGUUGCAAGAGGCCCGUCUUGCCGUGCUGAAGGACCUGCUGAGACAGAGAGAUGAGGCUCAGAAAGAUGUCACGAAUAAGAGAUUAAACGAGAUAUAUUCUAAGCACAAAAAGGACAAGGAAACCAAGCAACAGAAAAUCCACACAGACUACUUGAGAUCGCUGAGAAAAUUGGAAGCUAAGUGGAAAAAUGUGGAGGGGAAGUUAGAGCGACGCAGCGUUUCCACAGAUUCUCUGACAUACGUCCGUCAGGUUCACAGGUUGACCAGCAGGACCACCAGCAGCAAUCAGUCAGAAAGGCACUACUUAGACACAUAUGAAGGUUUGCUCGAGCUAGAGGCAGAACUCUUCAAGCCACGGGUGAAAAUACUGAAACCCAAAGUCAAAAAGGACGUAUUCAGCACCCCUGUGAACAGAGCCAUGAAGCUGAUGAAUGAAUAUAAGGACCUGAGGGAGGAGGAAAAGAAAGACGUAAGGGAGAAGUCCUUGCGUUUCCUUGUCAAAACUGAGAAGCCUGUUCCUCGCCCUGCCACUCCCAGAGUAGAGAAGCCACCAGAGGGAGAUGAGGAAACAGAGCUUGCAGUAAUCUGCAUUCAGAACCUAAUGAGAGGACGGAGUAUCCAGUAUGAGAUGUUUAAGAGCAAGGAGAACCGCAUGGAGUUCAUCAACGAACUUAGGACUGUCCACGUCCUGCAGGGGGACAAGCAAGGGCUGCUGAAAGCCGACAAAAUGAAUGUAACGGCCCUGAAAAAAGAAAGAGACGAGCAGAGACGCAAGAUCUGUCAAGAGGAGGCAUCUCAUGCCAGGGUGGUAGGUGCCGAGCUUGAGCAGCUGUUUGACACCUUGUCCAAGGAGCUGACCCGUCUCCAAGACGAGCGCAGGAUUCACGCCUUCAUGCUGUUGGCUGAGAGGGAACGUCGCCUGCGAGAGGCCGAGGAGAGUGGAAGGAGGCAGGUGGAGGAGCGCAGACGCAGAGAGGACGACGAGAUCUUCAGACAAGUGGUGCAGGUACACCAGGAAAGUGUAAAUUUGUAUUUAGAGGACGUCAUCUUGGAGACCUUGGAUCAGAUGGCUGACCAGCAGGCCAGGGAGGAGAUCCAGAGGAGAGCAAAGGAGGUCAACGACAUCGCUUAUGCGCUGGAGGAAAGCCGGAACAGCCUUCAGUCUGAGGAGAUUGUGUCGGAGCUGACGUACAGCUUCCUGAUCCCGGAGGUCGAGAGGAUCAGGCAAAAAGUCCACCAGAGUCAGCACAGACACUUGCAGGCUGCACGGGGCAUCGUGCAGGGGGCUGCAAAACCGUCUGGGGUCCUUCCCAGCACUCCGGGUGCCUCGCAGGUGACCUGCCCCUCUGAAAAAGCUUCCAGUCAAGUGCUCGAGGAGAAGAUUGGCCAAAGGGAGAAGGGAAAGGAAGGAGAGUAAGACCACAGUAGAGAGACCGAGUAAAGAGAAGCCUAAAGUGACAAAAGUGUCUAAGUGUGUUGACUCGUGUUAUUAAAAUAAAUAAAAGUU